AUGAUGUUCCCUUCGAAGGAUGCCAUUUCCAAUGCCUUUGCCGCCCAACGUCCGUUGAGCCAGCAACCGCAGGCUUCGAGUCCUGUGACGACGAGACGAGAGCCAUUCCCCGCCUGGAACGUCAUCGAAGACAUCGAGAAAAAAGCCAAUGCCGUUGGCAAGGAAGCGGCGAGGGAGUUUGAGGUCGCGAGUCAGAAAGCGCAGGCCAAGGCUGGCAAGAUCGAGCCCUGGACGGCUAAGUACUAUGCGGCCUGUACGUUUGGCGGGAUGUUGGCUUGUGGCUUGACUCACACUGCCGUGACCCCGUUGGAUCUCAUCAAAUGCCGACGCCAGGUCGACUCGUCACUAUACAAGAGCAACAUGGAUGCAUUUAGAAAGAUUCGUGUCGCUGAAGGUGUGAGGGGCGUGUUUACCGGCUGGAGUCCUACAUUCUUUGGUUACAGCGCCCAAGGAGCCUUCAAGUACGGAGGAUACGAGUACUUCAAAAAGUUCUACAGUGACCUUGUCGGAGUUGAAAAUGCCGCGCGUUAUAAAACUGCUCUGUACCUGACAGCCAGUGCUUCGGCAGAGUUUAUUGCUGAUAUCGCGCUCUGCCCCUUCGAGGCAGUGAAGGUGCGCACGCAGACAACCAUUCCACCUGAGUUCCGCUCCACGUUUGGCGGUAUCUCAUCUGUCGUUGCGAAGGAAGGGACGGCUGGACUGUACAAGGGACUGUAUCCCCUCUGGGGCCGACAAAUCCCCUACACCAUGAUGAAGUUCGCCUCUUUCGAGAACAUUGUCGAAGCGAUCUAUAACUACCUCCCGGGACAAAAGACCGAUUACAACAAGGGCGCGCAAACUGCCGUCGCAUUUACUGGAGGAUACCUUGCUGGAAUUCUGUGUGCGGUCGUUUCCCAUCCCGCCGACGUUAUGGUGAGUAAGUUGAACGCGAAUCGACUGCCCGGCGAAGCAUUCGGUGCCGCGACAGGCCGCAUCUACAAAGAGAUUGGUUUCAAGGGUCUCUGGAAUGGUCUUCCCGUCAGGAUCGUCAUGAUCGGUACUUUGACCGGCCUUCAAUGGAUGAUCUACGAUUCGUUCAAGAUCUUCAUGGGCCUACCGACCACAGGUGGUGGCCCAGCACAGCAACAGAAGUAG